ACUGUGCUGUGCAAAGCUAGCCAGCAAAUGCUGAAGAAACCCAGUAGCACUAGACACUGACUAGACACAUCAGUAGUAACGCCAAGAAUGGCGUGCUGCACCAGCCGCCUCGUCCUCGCCGUCUCGGUGGCGGCCUCCGUCCUGCUCGCCGCCGUCCUCUCCGCCGCCGCGGCGAGCGCCCCGCCGAGCUACUGCGCGGUGGGGAAGGCCAUCCCGCACAGCCCGCUCUCCGGCUGCGUCUGGUACGUGGCGACCCGGAGCUGCGACAUGGCGGUGUCCAUGCUCCCCGUGCUCAAGGAGACUUGCUGCGGCCAGCUGGAGCAAAUCCCGGCGGAGUGCCGGUGCCGGGCGCUGCGGGUGAUGAUGGAGGCGCCGCUCGUCGUGGGCGCGGACACGGGCGCCCAGCGGAGGUGCCGCGCCGCGCAGGCCCGCUUCGCCCCCGCCGUGGUCGCCGCCGGCGAGUGCGGCCUGCGAACCGUCCACGGCAGGCCCUUCUGCAACAAGCUCGACGCCGAGUGACCAUGGCGAUGCAGAUCAUACUGCUCGUACCGUACGCGUGGCUGAAUAAGAGGGGCAUAUGUGGUUGUGUACAAUCUGAUUUCCAAUUCCAGAAAAGUUAAUGAACGCAAUAACUUAUUGAUAAUUUGCCACAAAA